CACCAGCGCUCUGCAGCCUGCCCCGGGCCAGAGGACAGCUUGGCCUGAUCCUGCUGACGCCUCAGGGCAGGACAGGGCAGGGAGGCUCCAGGCGGCCACUCAUGCUGGGCACACAGUGGACCCUCGCACGGUGUCUUCUGCCAUCACACCCAGACCCAGGGCUGGCCGGGAGCCUGCGGGGCGACAGCUCUGAGGAUGGACUUAGGGGUACGAGGGCAGGGACCCAGGCUUUGGGAAUCAGAGGCCGGCUGCUACCCCGGAGUCCUGCCCCCUGCCUCCCUGCGUGGAGCCCUGGGACUCCUGUGGGUGGGCCUCACCCUGCUGGGGAUGGUCCAGCCACAGCACCAGGGCCCCCAGAGGGGCCCGAACUUGCUUUUCCACAAGAUCUGUCUCCAGCCCGGCCUCAGGAAGGAGCAGCCGUGGUCACGUCCAACCUGCUCAGCUGAAGCUGGGUGCCCAGAGCCCCUGCCAGGGACCCACCCUGCAAACGCUGGGCCAGGACCCCUGUCCCUGAGAAGCAGCCAGAUCAGAACCUCCUUGGAGGCCAGGAGGAAGUGGGGUUGGAAAAUGACGAGAUGGAGGCUACGCCGAGACCAAGCGCCAGGAGAAGGGACCCAGGCCAAACUGCUCAGUGAGGCCCUGAGCACGGCGGGAAGGGGCCACGCAGGACCCCCUGAGGGCUGGGCUGGGGAGGGAGGGGUCUCCCCAGGGCUCACCCCCCCUCUUGGCACAGGGCAGGGGAAGGAGCUGGAUUUCGACCUGAGGGAGAAAUUUAUCAGAUUUGGCCAGAUCCUGGGCAUCAGCCUUGACCACAUUCCCUUCCUGCCCCAGACUCUGGCCCCGGCAGCCCUGGGGGGCGUGGGGAAGGCAGCAGAGACCUCACUGAUGCCGGGAGGUUGGCCCAGAGCCCUGCAGGCCAAAGCCUGGGGCCAGGCGGGAGUGUCCGCCGAGGAGAGGGUGCCUGGUGCCCGAAUGACGCAACCUGAGAUACACCAGCCCCUACCCUGUCCGUGCAGCCUGGGGGGGAGGACUGCCCAGGAGACCAUCGGGGUCCGGAGGUCAAAGCCAGGUGCCAGAGGGUCCUGGCAGGACCCGGGGUCACUGGAGGCACCCCACGUACAUAGCAUGCAGAGGGGACGGCAGUGCCGGAGGAGGGGCUGCAGGGAAGCCCUUGUCAGCCCCCAUUUCUGACCCAGGGAGCCAGGCCGGGAAGGCCAGCCUUGAGGCAAGAGGGUUCUGAGCUGGAAGAGGCCAGGCCCCCCAGACGCAGGGGCCCAUGGGAAGAGGGAGGCCACGAGCUGAGGCCACAGCAGCUGAGGCUCUGAGAGCUGAGAGUGAGCUGGGGCCCUGCCGGAGCCUCGCUACUGACUGCUCCAGGUGUGGGGGACGCUGCGGGGCCCAGACCUGGACACACCUGCGGCCUGGAGUGUCCCCUCCUGCCCAACCCAGGGCCUCUGAGGGUCUCUGCCCAAGCUCCUGGGUCCCCUGUACUGGGCCACCUGCAGCUACCGAGGCAGCCCUGGGGGCAGGCAGGAGCCCCCGGGUCAGAGGUCGUGCGACCCUGGCCUUGGACCCUUGGGCCUCUGACCAGCACCCCUUCCUCACAGAAGAGCCCGUGGUGAGCCACGAGUGUGACUGCCGGGGGUCCUGGGGGUCCCGGGCCAUGCUGGGAUCCACGAGGCCCUCCUUCCUCCUGGCCCUGGCACCCCCUCCACCCCUCUCUCUCCCGCUUGUCUCUGCUUCUCCCUCCUCUCACUCCAGCCCCUCCGUGAUUCUCUGCCUGGGCCUGCCACCCUCUCUCCUGAGGACAGUGGAGCCUGGCCCGGCCCUUGGCAGCCCCACCCUCACCGCCCCUCCCAGCCUCACUGGUGCCCCCUCCCCGUGGGAGGCUCAGCCACACCUACCCCCACUACCCCAUCAGAAAUAAACAGUCUGUGCCAGGAGGAGCCGGAUCCGACUGUACUCGAGCACGGGGUAAUGGUGGGUGUGCAGGGCUGCAGGGAGCAGCCCAGGUCCCAGGCCCAGGAGGAGCUGAGCUCGGACAGUUGUCCUCAUCUAACCCCCAAGUGGCUGCUUCCUUCCCAGCUGGGUGCUCUUCUGGGCUGUCCCACGCUCUCUGGUGAACAGAGCUAGAUUCAUCCUCAAACAUAGGCCACCCUCCAUGGCGCCCAGCAGAAACUGCCCUAGGCUGGAGGACUGGGACCAUGGGGUGACCAGAGGCCGCGGAGGCUUGUGACCGAGGGUCCCUGCCCAGCUCCACAGCACUUGGCACCCCUUGCCCCUGCUAGGAGCUCCCUUCCCUCACCGCUGGCUCUUCUCAGAUCUGUGGACCCAUCUCCCUGGGUUGCCUUGAAGGAACCCCAGAGUGAGAGGCAGGAGCCCCCAUCUCAGGGCGUGGGCCCAGACAGGAGCACCCAUCUCAGGGGUGUGGGCCCAGGC